CUGACGUUUGUGUGUGUGUCCAGUCAGAGAGUCACUUUCUGACAAACCCUGCGCGCGUGUGUGUUGCAAAAUCGCCAUUCACCAAAAUUUCCUAAUAAGAAUCUAUUUAUUCACUGAAAUAACCAAACCAACCACAAUUCUUUGUUUCACCCUUCUGCUCUAACAUUCAUUGCUCUUUUCUCCCAUUCAAUAAACCAAGAUGGGAGACGUGGCUAAGGACCUUACUGCUGGAACUAUUGGAGGGGCAGCACAACUGAUAGUUGGUCAUCCAUUUGACACCAUAAAGGUCAAGCUCCAAAGCCAGCCUACACCACUUCCUGGUCAGGUUCCGAAAUAUUCCGGUGCAAUUGAUGCUGUCAAGAAGACAAUAGCAGCUGAAGGUCCUGGCGGAUUAUACAAAGGUAUGGGAGCACCACUUGCUACAGUAGCUGCCUUCAAUGCUGUCCUGUUUACAGUUAGAGGGCAAAUGGAAGCAUUGUUGAAGUCACAUCCUGGUGAUGUCCUCACAAUAAAUCAGCAGCUUGUUUGUGGAGCUGCAGCUGGACUUUCUGUUUCCUUUCUAGCUUGCCCUACUGAACUUAUCAAAUGCAGGUUACAAGCACAAAGUGCACUAGCUGGAUCAGGAACAGCAACAUUGGCAGUGAAAUACGGUGGACCGAUGGAUGUAGCUAGACAUGUUCUCAAAUCAGAAGGUGGCGUAAAAGGUCUUUUCAAGGGGUUAGUUCCCACUAUGGCGCGUGAAAUACCUGGAAAUGCCGCAAUGUUUGGUGUAUAUGAAGCAACAAAGCAAUUAAUUGCAGGAGGCACCGAUACCUCUGAACUCGGUAGAGGUUCUCUGAUGCUUUCUGGAGGCUUGGCCGGAGCUGCUUUUUGGUUUAUGGUGUAUCCAACUGAUGUUAUUAAGAGUGUGAUUCAAGUUGAUGAUUACAAAAAUCCAAAAUUUUCUGGUUCAAUUGAUGCUUUCAGAAGGAUAAAAGCUACAGAAGGGUUUAAAGGUCUUUAUAAGGGUUUUGGUCCUGCAAUGUGCAGAAGUGUUCCUGCUAAUGCAGCAUGUUUCUUGGCAUAUGAGAUGACAAGAUCAGCUUUAGGAUGAUUACUUUAUAAGCAAGUUUCAUUGGGGAUAUCAUUUAGUACCAUGAAUUAACACGUUUCUGAAACUUUUUUUUCCUUUUCAAAUCCUACAACAUUUUCAUUUUCAUUUCAUACAUUGCAAUAUUGCCACAAUGGCUUAUGUCUAUUGUUACUUCAAGGAAUGAUUAUUUUACCAGUGGUAAUGCAAGCAACCUUUUAUUUUAAGGUUGUUUUUAGAAGCUUGGAUUCAUUGUAUGAUACGGAUGUAAUCAGUUUUCAAAUACGACAUGGCUAAAACACGUUAACAAAUA